UCCACAGCUAAGAUGCCUCACUAUUAUCUAUUUUAUGUUUGAUAAGCCUGGCUCAGGGUCACUUGGGGGUGAUCACUGAUAAUCUGAUCACCAAUCGGUCAGUGUCACAUCUCCUUUUGUAAAGAGAACGAAAGGCAGCAAACAGGAUGCAAAAAUCACUUUACUACGACAACUCGGGUCCCUUUACAGGCUGUGGCUUCCAAGAGACCAAUGGCAUGAGCUACUCUGGUCGCCCAACCUAUGCCACUGAAAAUGAAUAUGAAUCUUCUUACUGCCUUCAGCCAGAAACCACCUCCAGUUCCAGCGGAAAUAAAGACGAGCUCCCUAUCAAGGGCAUUAACUUUCACUUGCCCGAUGCCCCAGAACAAGCCCAGCAGCCCAAGUCACCAACUUCAACUUCCCCUGCCCCAAAAUCAGCGACGACCCAGAGUUGCCCAUCCAAGGCGAGCAAUGGAUCAGAGUCUGAUGAUGUCACUUGCACUAAGAAAAGCAGCAAGAGCAACAACUUACCCAAACAGAUCUUUCCCUGGAUGAAAGAAACCCGUCAGAACUCGAAGCAGAAGAAACAAGCCCCUCCCCCAGCAGAAGAAGAGAGCUCAUUGGACACUAGUUUUCUUAGCUCUGCAUCCAAGAGGGCCAGGACGGCCUACACCAACUCCCAGCUGGUAGAACUGGAGAAGGAAUUCCAUUUCAAUCGCUAUCUGUGCCGCCCUAGGAGGCUGGAGAUGGCCAAACUACUGAACUUAUCUGAGAGACAAAUCAAGAUCUGGUUCCAGAACAGGAGGAUGAAGUACAAGAAGGACCACAAGGGGAAAGGCGGAGCUUUGUCUCCUGGGGGGCAGUCUCCCAGCAGCAGCCCAUCGUUGGUCCCCUACUCCAGUGCGCUCCCCCUAGAGGACGAAAAUGGCUAUGACGUGCCCAUGCCUAAUGAGUUUAACAAGAGCCCUGGAAACAUGUAUGGUUUAACAGCCUACUCAGCACCUCUCUUUGACAACCCUCCAGCCCAGAAACGAUAUGGGACCCAGUCCCUAGGCUCUGAGUAUGACCACCCUUCUCUGCAUGGCGAUAUAGUCUAUGACAGCAAUGGUCUACAGGGAAGCCAGAGCUACCUUGGAGGGAGUUACCUGGAAAAUGUGCCUGGGAAUUGCUCCAUGUUCAAUAUGCCCCAUCCUUCAUCAGAUAGCAUGGACUACAGCUGUGCAGCACAGACACCCAGCAAACACCAUCUCGGGCCGUGUGACCCUCAUCCCACCUACACAGACUUAAACAUUCAUCCUGUGCCUCAGGGGUGUUCCCAAGAGCCUCCUGUGCUGACACAUCUGUAGAAUGCUCUACUCUUUGAAACAUAAGGGCAAUUUAGCCUGGCCCAUUAUGUCAUUAAGUAGGGGAAAAAAACUAUACAUAUAAACCCACCAACAUGCCUCAGCUUCCUACAUCUCAUAUGUAUUUACUAAGCUAUGCACAAUACAGGGACUAUGCAUGGAGUGCAGACAAUGCCACAUAAGCAACCAAUUAGUCUAAACUCUCCCUUACCCCCCCUAUAGUAUAAACUGUUAAGCCUGGACAUAAAUACC